AAUCGUAAUGCUCCAGACUUUCAGACCCCCACUCUAUCAACGUUUAGCAAGUUCGACCCGUCGCCCGCCUCCAUCGUAUAAUAGCGGAACUCAAUACUACUCCUCUCAUACUCAAAGUCAACAGAUAGAACCAGUGGCCUUAAGUUUCCUCGAACAGAUACCAGAAAAUGGGAAUAACACUGAAGGCGCGUUGGUCAUUUUACAUGGGCUUUUUGGCUCGAAGCGCAAUUGGUCUUCACUUUCCAAAGCGUUCAGUCGGGACUUGGGAAUCCCGGUUUAUGCAUUGGACCUUCGCAAUCACGGUUCCUCCCCGCACGCAUUACCCAUGACAUACACUUCAAUGGCUACGGAUGUGAUGCAUUUCAUUGAAAAGAAGAGCCUGAGCAAAAUAUCUUUACUCGGGCAUUCAAUGGGUGGAAAAGUUGCCAUGGCGCUUGCACUCAACCCCUCACUUCCACCCACUGUCUUGCAAAAUCUGAUAGUAGCGGAUAUCGCGCCGGUUCGUGCUCACCUUUCACCGGAAUUCAUUUGGUACAUUAGUGCCAUGAAGAAGAUAGAAAGUAUGAAGCUGCGAACGAGGAAGGAGGCACGGCAAGUCUUGACCGAGUAUGAGAAGGACCCAAAUGUUGUUUUAUUUCUUCUGACCAACAUCCUAAUGCCUCACUCAGAACUAAACCGAGGAGAAUACAUCCGAUUCCGCAUCCCAUUGAGAACUAUGGACGACGCGAUACCCGAACUCGGGUCAUUCCCUUACGCGCCAGGUGAAACCGAAUGGGAAGGAAGGACCCUGUUCAUAAAGGGCAAGAAAAGCGCGUUCAUCAAUCAUCAUUAUCACCAAACGAUGGAAGACUUUUUCCCAAGAAUGACGAUGGAGAUGCUCGAUGCUGGUCAUUGGGUUCACGGCGAACGGCCCCACGAAUUCAAGCAGCUUGUGGAAACCUUCAUAAAUAGUCAAUAAUUUUGCUUUGCCUGAUAGAAUACAAAAUUUAGAUGCUUGGUGUUCAGACUAGGUCCAAAGACAUGUAAAUAAAUUCUGUAAUUCCGCAUAUCGUGUGGGUACAGGCCUUUCAGGUUUUUCCGGUGUUCUGCAUCAUUGAAGGACAAUUGAAGAGGUUAGCUAUUCCGUCAGUUGCGGACUGCGAAUAGCGGUGGACGUCGCUUUCUUAUAUUUAUAUGCUUCUCUCUGCUUGACAUUCUGCAAUCCGAUCAGACUAAAAAGAUCCAGCUUCUUAGAAUCUUAUCUCCCUUAGCUGUGUAGCAUAUAGGAGGGCAUACAAAUUUCCGAUUUUGUUAUCGGGAAAUAGACGCUCAUUUGAGC